AUUAAAAUCUGCCAUACAAACGAAUAAACUGCCACGUCGGAGCCGAUUUUUCUGCCUCCGGUCUCAACAGCCACCUCCCAAGCGCUCAAAUCCACCGCCGGCAGAUCCAUCUAACAGCCUCGACCUCCGAUGCAUCUCUGGUUUGACAAGAAACUGCACGCUCCAUUUUCCCUUCAGCCAUCAUUUGGAUAAUCUCUCCAUCUCCCCUCCCGUAGCGCCACCCUGCCAUCAUCACCCGCAACCCCCAUGGCCCAGGGUUCCAUCCCUGUUACGGAGUACUUCUGGUCUCUCCUCGAUAAGGGAGAUCGCAAGUUCUCCCGUAUCCGCGAACUUCCGAACUUCGGCCGUGCUAGGAACAAUGCGGACUUCCAGAAGGCUUUUAAGAUCUACACGCAGCUGUGGAAGCUACAGCAGGAGCACCGGCAGAAGCUAGUGGAGGCCGGCCUGAAGCGGUGGGAGAUUGGUGAGAUUGCCUCGCGGAUUGCGCAGCUGUACUACUUCCAGUACCAGAGGACGAGUGACAGCGGGAACCUCGCUGAGUCCUACGUCUUCUACGAAGCCAUCCUAACGCGGGAGUACUUCCGGGACUCAGCCGCAGCGGCAGCCGGUGCGCCGCCAAUGCCGCCAGAUCCUCCACUGGCUAACAAGCAGCUUCGUUUUUUCGCGCGGUUUCUGAUCGUGUGCCUCGUUCUCGGCCGCCGGGACAUGGUUUCUCAACUCGCAAACCAUCUUAGAAUGCUUGUUGAUGAGUCCAGGAGGAGCUUUCAGGAAAUAGAGUACAAAGAAUGGAAGCAUGUGGUUCAAGAAAUUUUCAGAUUUUUGAAACUCGAUACAUCUUUUAUGAAUAUGAGGCCCUUAAGAUAUAGCUUUGUCUAUGACAUGCAUCCAUAUUCUCUUCCGGCUGCUUCUUACAACUCUAGGAAACAAUUAGUUCUACGUGAUGCAAUCUUGAGCAGCUAUUGUCACAAUGAGGUUAAGUUUGCAGAGCUUACUCUAGACACAUUUAGAAUGCUUCAGUGUUUGGAGUGGGAACCAUGUGGCUCAUUCUCCUUAAACAUUGCUACUACUGAUAGCGGCAACACUGGAGGAGGACCUAAUCGCAUGAACCUACAACAAGACAUUAGAGAUUCUGCCCUACCCCCCAACCCACAGAAAGUAAUUUUGUAUCGCCCAAGUAUUACAUCUUUUCUUUUGGUUCUUGCUACCAUAUGUGAAGAGCUACCCUCAGAUGGAAUUCUACUAAUAUAUCUUUCAGCUUCAGGAGAAACUGGAGAAAAUUAUCCUAUGCUGUUAAGUCCUGGGUGUUCUUUUGAUUCUGAUAAUCAAAGGGGGAGCUCUAAGGAUGCCAGUAAGGCCUCUCCACCAGUCUCUCCAAUCAAUGUUCCAUCAGAUACUUUUUCAGAGCAGAUGGAGAGUGAAAAUGAUAAACAAGAAGCUUUCUUGUGGUUAGGUUCACGUCGAAUUAAAGGUUCCAAACUGUAUCCUUGUGACUUGAUUCCGUUUACGAGGAAGCCACUUUUUCUCAUUAUAGACAGUAAUAGCAGCCAUGCAUUCAAGGUCAUUCAUGGGGAUGAGAAAGGAGAGACCAUGGCUAUGUUACUCUCUCCAAAAUCUCAGGCUCCAGCCAUGGGAGCUACUAGCGAGUCUCCCCGCAAUCAAAAUAUUAGCCAAUUCACAUUGUUCCUAACAGCUCCAGUUCAAGCUUUCUGCAUCUUGCUGGGUGUUUCUGGCGUUAACUUGGAAAUGGAAACAUAUAACGAUGCUGAAGAGUUACUUUUAUCAUCGUUGUAUGAAUGGGAAAAUGCUUUACUAGCAUGUGGUGAACUGCAUCCAAUAUGGAUUGGGGUUUUGGGCGAUCCAUUUUUGAGGCGACUUCUUCUUAGGUUUAUUUUCUGUCGAUCUGUUUUGGCGCUUUACAGCCUAACAUUCCAGCAAGAGGAAUAUUUUCCUUCAUGUCUUCCGAACUUACCUGAUUGCCUCCGUCCAGGGUCAGCUCUAUCAGAGUCUGCUGUGUUUGCGCUUGCCAACUUCUUUGGUGUCAAUGGUCAUUUCGUUUUCUCAAAAGGGGCAUAAGCACCUUGAAUCUAUGGCUGAUCGUUGUCAAUUGGUUUAUAAUUAAAAAGUAACAAGCUUGAACUUGGCGUGGACUUGGAGCAACUUUUCUUUUAGGGUGGCUUGGGAGAAAUAAGGCCAGUCAUUUGAAACCUAUUCUCAUCCUUCAUUACUUAUACGAGUUGAAGGGAGAAAAUUCUCCUUGAAAUGCCACCUUAUUUUUUUUAUUAUUAGAUUCGAUUUAUUUGAUUUUGAAGGAGAAUUUCUCAUUGUAAACACUAUUUUUAGUGCUUCAAUAAAAGGUUUACUGGUUGCAUGUU